AUGGCUUGGAGUGCGGCAUGCGACAGCAUUCAGCCCUUGACCCCAGUUGCUACCGAUGCCAGUAGUACUGCCUCAGGCGAAUCUCCUCUGCGGAGUAGCGACACUUCCUUCGACCAGCGGCCCCACUCAUUUCCAAAGUCUAGUGGGGAUGGCAGUCUAUCCCACAUUUUGGAGAGCCCCACGUACGACUUCUUGCUACCUGCUGAAAAUUAUAUCCCAGUCGGUACUCUUGUCAUCAAAGGCGUGUUCUAUGAUGAGUGGACUCUGAUUGAUCCUCGUGAGACCGAUCGGGUCUUUGAUAAGAAGGAGCCUGUAGCUCAAUUGAUCAAGAAUGAAUGGGUCCGCGCUGUCUGUCGACGUAAUUACGUUGACGAAGAGCGCUCGUCGGUCCGUAUUUUUGCGCUUACCGAUGAUGUUGGAAGACGCAGGGUCGACCGCACCGAUCGACCACUACAAAAACGCAUGGAGCAGACAUUGAAAUGUCUCGAUAUUUCUACAAAAGCUUGGGAAGCUACCAAACCUUUAGAUGCCCCAUGCAGGUCCCUUGAUUUUCAGUCCAGGUCUGAUGAGGAAACUUGCUCGCUCUUCUACCUAUUCAAUACGAUACCGUCGCCGGAUGCUACCUCCCUUGUGGUAUCCUGCCCCGCUUCCCAGGAUGCCAUUGACAGCCUCUUCGAGCCUAACGGCCUUAAACCACUAAUAACUCAGCUCUACCCGUAUCAAAAGCGGACAGCGGCAACCAUGAUAAGGAGAGAAGUGCAGCCACGGACGACACCAGAUCCCCGAUACGCCCAGAUAAUUGGUCCAAUGGAAAACACAAUUCUUUACGAUUACCAAACCGGCAAAAUACUGAAAAAGUUGAAUGUCUACGAGGAUGUGAAGGGCGGUGUCGUUGCCGAAUCUAUGGGCUUCGGUAAGACAUUGAUCAGUCUGUCAGUCAUCCUGGCAACAAAAGGACAUUGGCCGGCGAUUCCGCCGCAGUACUCUUGUGGCCUUCAUCCUGUGCGGCCGACCACCGGCUCCCUGCUACAAAUGACGGCUUCUGCCAUCAGCCAUGCUCAAAUUCCCUGGAAACCUUUUCUUGACGAUUUAUCGCGAUCGGGAGAAGAUCAUCAGGCUUGCUUGUCGAUCCUUGAAGAGAAUGUUGGGCGUUAUGAGAUACCACCACCACCCAAGCGACACCAUUUCAGACAAGCGAACCAGAAGCCAUCCAAAUAUUUUCAGCUCUGUUCUGCUACCAUUAUAGUAGUACCUCGAAACUUGCUUAGCCAAUGGCAACGGGAGAUAGCGCAGCAUUUCGACCCAGGAACGUUCAACAUUCUGUGCCUUGAUACUAAAGAGGACGUCAUGAUGCCUGCAGCCUCGCAACUUCUACCUUACGAUAUCAUUCUCCUUACACGACCGCGGUUUGAGCAGGAGAUGUCCCCUUCCUUAACUGUCAAUUGCACUUGUCCUUCACACAGAAGAUGCCAUUGCACUGCUGAUAUUGACUAUCAUUCACCACUCCGAGAUUUACACUUUCUCCGCAUAAUCAUGGAUGAAGGGCAUGAAUUUGCCACUGGAACCAAUAGGGUGUGUCAGGCGCUGUCCGAGUUGACGGUUGAACGUAAAUGGCUUCUUAGUGGCACCCCAUCAAGAGGCCUCUUAGGGGUUGAGGUGGAUACUGCGGCAUACGAGACGUCUAAGACGUCCAGCUCGACAAGUACCCAAAUGCUACUAGAGGCCAGAAAGAGAAACCCUGCCCUAGAUCAGGAAAAGAAAGACCUUGCCAAUCUUGGUUUACUUGUGACCAAGUUCUUCAAAGUCAAACCCUGGGCCAAUAGUUCAAAGGAGGAUUCAGCCAACUGGACCUCCUACAUCAUACCAGACAAACAAGGCAGACGGAAGCCGACCUCUCUUCGCAACCUUUUAGACAGCCUUUUUCUUCGUCAUCGGAUUGAAGACAUUGAAGCGGAAGUCCCACUACCUCCUUUGCUUAAUCAGAUAGCCUAUGUUGAACCAAAGUGGCAAGAUAAGCUAAGCCAAAAUGCAUUUCUCAUUUCGUUGAUAGCCAAUGCUGUGACUUCCGAGCGAGAAGACUCUGACUACAUGCAUCACCAGAAAAACAGGCCCGCGCUUCAUCAAUUGAUCAAUAACCUUCGCCAGUCUUGUUUCUACUGGACAGGCUUCAGUGUCGAAGAAAUUUCAAAGACCUUAGAGAUAUCUCGUAAAUACUUAGAGGGCCAUCGUGAACAUGCCGCUCUCAAUGAGGAUAGAACCAAUUUUGACCAUGCUUUACUCCACCAAGCCAUCGAAUGCGGCGAGAUUAUGCUAUCAUCUCAUUCAUGGAAGGCAUUCUCUGUGCUACAUGAGCUAGGUAUCUACGUGGAUAACUUCCCACUCGAAGGCCGCGAAAGUUGGUCCUUGGUCCCUCGGAUGCCAUCUGAUCCUUUGCUCAUAGGGGCUACACAAUUAUGUAAAGCCCAGACUUGGGUUGAUAAAAACAUUUACCGAGACGGAGCGAAGCUGCUUGAGGAUCUCUCAAAUAUGGGUCAGGUGAGCAUGCUCAAUGCCUGGCAGACAUCGCAGAACGCGAAAGAGAAACGGAAUGAGAAAAUGCUUUCGGAGCAGCCGAAGAGUACGAAGCAGGGGCAAAAUAAAACAUCGAAAAAGCCGCAGAGGAAUGAGAAUAAGAGAACGCCAGCCCAAUAUUCAUCGGGGCAACCCAAGAUAUCAGACCGUCUCACAUUAUCAAAAGCAAAAGCUUCGCUAAGCCCGGUGAAGAUCAAGGAUCUAGGAAGGGCUCAAAUCGACAGUGGGAACGGCCUAGUGAACUCUCAGCCACCUAUGAAGUCUGCUUUGAAACCGUCCAAACCAGUCGCAGUCCCUCCAUCUGACUCGCACAUAUUUUACAGCAGCCUCCGCGGAACGGCAUCGGCUAAGCUUAGCUAUUUACUCGACAAAGUCAUUGCGACAUACAAACAGGAAAAGAUACUGGUGUUCUACGAAGGCGAUCAUAUUGCCUACUACAUAGCCCAAGCAUUUGAUCUGAUUGGUGUGCGGUACCUUAUAUACACACAAACACUAGACCUUGCCCUCAAGAGCGCCUAUAUCGCGACAUUUAAUACCGCGCCAACCUUUCGCGUCAUGCUUAUGAACAUUAAGGAGGCAGCACACGGCCUGCACAUAGCGAGUGCAUCGCGAGUAUUCUUUGUCAAUCCGAUCUGGCAGCCUAACGUUGAGGCACAGGCGAUAAAACGCGCCCAUCGAAUUGGUCAGACUCGGCCGGUCUAUGUAGAGACUAUAGUCUUGAAAGGAACCCUCGAGGAUCAAAUGCUUCAACGGCGGAAAAAUAUGACAGUACAGGAGCACAAGAAGGCAGAAAAUAGCUUACUAGACGACGAACCAAUGACAGCCAUCAUCAAGAAUGCGUCGCUGCUGCCUCUUUCACCUUCGGAGAUCCACCAUGUUGAGAAGCAAGUAGCAGAGCUAAAAACUCCCAUCAAGCUCUUUGGUCAAGCUCGCAAGAAUGGUAUUGACCCUGAUAAUCCAUAUGCAGAUCUAAUUUUCCCUAUGGAAACGAAGAAGACUAUAAAGCUAGGCAUCAAGAAAACCGAGGGAUCAGCACUGGAGGCAUUAUUGCAGGAAGCAGAAGAUGAUGCUUCAGACUCGGAUGAAUUCAAGGCUGCUCCUCACGGACAAAAGAGAAAGCGCACAGAUAAUGCAGAUUCCUGCUUACCUGCAUCAUCACAAUGGAUGUGUAUGGACAAAGACGUGGUCAAGUCGAUCAAGCCAAAGGCUGCUAAUACACCUGUUGGACCUCAAAAUUCGUCGGAUAGUAUGACAGCUUCCGAAGGCAGCACCAAUGGGCACGCCAAUCAGAACGGCCUCGAAGACGCUCACGAUUGUUCGAAACCUUCAAAGAAGAAAAGAGUAGGCUUUGCCAGUGAUGUUUAG